AUGUCUUACCCUCUCCCCUGUGCUCCUGGUUGGUCAUCGACAGCAGGUCAGAUUAAAUGCCACUUGUGUAAUGACUCCUCCCCAAUAUGUAGGGGGGCAGCGUCUCGCUGGAGCCCCUCUGUGCUCAGAUCCAGUCCUCCCGCCGCUUGCCGACCGGGGACUUACAGGGAUCCACAAGAGGAGGCAGACUGUGUGCUGUGCCCAAAGGGGUUCUACUGUCUGGAGGGGGGCUCACAGAGGCCCACCUCCCAAUUCUUGUGUCCACAAGGCUAUUACUGUGAAGAGGGCACCGCCACCCCGCAUGGGUCACCUUGCCCGGCCGGAACAGCAGGCGAACAACUGGGACAAACAAGUAGGGCAGCCUGCAAAAGAUGUAGAGAGGGACGCUUCUGUCCGGCUGGCUCCGCAGGUCCUGGGUUGCCCUGUGCACGAGGAAGAUACUGUCCAGCCGGCACUCUCGAGGAGAUCAUAUGUCCUCAUGGAACUUUUACUCCUCAUCAAGGAGCAAUAAGUAUCAAAGACUGUUUGAAAUGCCCUGCUGGUUUUUACUGUCCUGCCGGUACAAGCGAUCCGGUACCCUGCCCAUCAGGCUCUUUCAACCCCCUGGAGGGGCAGGGGGAGCUGCACGACUGUCGGGCCUGCUAUGCUGGAAAGGCCUGUACACAGGUCGCUCUGAAAGCUCCUGAUGUGGAUUGCAUGCAAGGAUAUGUGUGUCCCCCUGGUUCUUCAAAACCUAACUCCCAGAAUAAUGCUUGUCCACCAGGAACAUUGAGCAAUCGCACCGACCUCACAGACCGGUCACAGUGUCAGCGCUGCCCGGCCCGCUAUGCCUGUCCUCGAGGCACUGGUGGUAUCCAGAGACCUCCAGUCUCAUGCUUUGCUGGACAUUACUGCCCCUCAGGGACAAUGUUCCCCACACAGCAUAAGUGCCCCGUGGGGACAUGGAGUGGACAGAGUGGAUUAGAGUAUGAAAGCGAGUGUCAGCCAUGCCCACGGGGGUGGUACUGCCUGGCUGGGUCUGCAGCUCCAACUGGCAGAUGCAGCUCUGGACAUUACUGUCCUGAGGGCACUGCAUAUGGCAGUCAGUUUCCAUGCCCGGUCGGGACCUAUAGUAUUCAAAUGGGCAAUAGACACAUAGAUGACUGUGUGAUCUGUCCUGAAGGCUUCUUCUGCCCAGAAGGCACAUCAAAACCAUCUCCCUGUCCACGAGCUACAUAUCAGCCUCAUAAAGGAGGUCAAAAACAGGAUGAAUGCUUGGUCUGCCCUGCAGGCUAUUUUUGCCCUCACUCAGCCACUGUGAACCCCAGAGUGUGUGGAGUUGGAAGUUACUCCGACGAGGGCUCAGUGGAGUGCUCUGCGUGCCUACGAGGCCACUUCUGCAGUAACGAGACUACAAGUGAAGAAGCCAUGUUGAAAGUCAUGGUUUGUCCUGCAGGCUUUCUCUGCUCUCAAGAUAUUACUGUAAAGGACAAGGAACACACACACCGUCAGUAUGUCCUCAGGGCUUUUACUGUGCAGUGGGCACUUCUUUUCCUGAGCCUUGUCCUGAGGGAACCUUCAGCUCCCGCUCAGCUCUUGGCGAUAGGGCUGAGUGCGCCCCUUGUGGUGGAGGAGAGUUUUGCAAUGGUGUUGGUCUCAAAGAACCCACAGGACAAUGUAAAGAGCGCUACUACUGUCAAGAAGGAGCCAAGUCGCCAUGACUUCUGGUGGGGUAUGUCCCAUGGGCUUCUUCUGCCCUCGAGUGCCCCCUUGGCUCAUCCUCUCCCUUUCUCUGCCCUGAUGGGACUUUCUCUAACUCAACAGGAGCAGGACAGUGUGAGGACUGUCCCAUGGGGACCUACUGCCUCUCAGGGGAUGGAGUCCAGCUGUGUCCAGCCGGACACUAUUGUGUUGGUGGAGGGGUUGAGGGUAUCCUACCAUGCCCUCCUGGCUCAGAAGGAGGCCCCUGUCCUGCAGCACAUUUUUGCUCUGAGGGAAGUGCCCACCCUGAGCCCUGCCCAGCUGGAAGCUUCUCCAAUCUCACAGGGCGUGCGGUGUGUUCCCGCUGUCCAGCUGGUUUCUACUGUCCAGAGAUAA